GGCCGAGCGGAGGAGCGCCGAGUGGCAGCCGGUGUGACGCGUGGAGAGUCGCCCGGCGGGAACGCAGCUCGCAGACCGGCCAGCGCCAGGCUCGGGAGGCCGCCGAGUGAAUCAGCAGCUGGCGGGGAGUCACCAUGGGGGACGAGCUGACAGCCCAGGAGAAGCUUCACCUCAUCACCCGGAAUUUGCAGGAGGUUCUUGGAGAGGAUAAAUUGAAAGCCAUCCUGAGAGAGCGAGAGCUGAAGAUUUACUGGGGAACAGCCACGACGGGCAAGCCUCACAUCGCCUACUUUGUGCCCAUGUCCAAGAUCGCAGACUUCCUCAAGGCUGGCUGUGAGGUGACCAUUCUGUUCGCUGAUCUCCAUGCCUACCUAGACAACAUGAAGGCUCCUUGGGAACUUCUGGAAUUGCGUACUCAGUAUUACGAGGGGGUCAUUAAGGCAAUGCUGGAGAGCAUCGGUGUGCCUCUGGAGAAGCUCCGUUUCGUCCGAGGGACUGACUACCAGCUCAGCAAGGAAUACACUCUGGAUGUCUAUCGACUGUCCUCUGUGGUCACCCAGCAUGAUGCCAAGAAAGCUGGCGCAGAAGUGGUGAAACAAGUGGAACAUCCUCUCCUCAGUGGUCUUCUCUACCCUGGGCUGCAGGCACUGGAUGAAGAGUACCUGAAAGUUGACGCACAGUUUGGAGGAGUGGAUCAGAGAAAAAUCUUCACUUUUGCAGAAAAGUAUCUCCCAUCCCUGGGCUACACAAAACGCAUCCACCUGAUGAACCCCAUGGUGCCUGGAUUGACGGGCAGCAAAAUGAGCUCUUCGGAAGAGGAGUCUAAGAUUGAUCUCUUGGAUCGAAAAGAGGAUGUGAAAAAGAAGCUUAAGAAGGCUUUUUGCGAGCCAGGGAAUGUGGAGAACAAUGGGGUCUUGUCCUUCAUCAAGCACGUGCUCUUCCCCCUUAGAUCAGAGUUUGUGAUCCUUAGAGAUGAGAAGUGGGGAGGCAUUAAAACUUACACAAGCUAUGGAGAUCUCGAGAAGGAUUUUGCUCAGCAGGUUGUCCAUCCGGGAGACUUGAAGAACUCCAUAGAGGUGGCCUUGAAUAAGCUCCUGGAUCCUAUCAGAGAGAAGUUCAGCAGCUCACAAAUGAAGAAACUCGCCAGCUGCGCAUAUCCUGAUCCCUCCACAGCAAAAUCUGCCGUGAAAGGCUCCACAAAGAACUCUGACUCUGAGGAAGUCGUCCCAUCCCGAGUGGAUCUCCGGGUUGGCAAAGUGCUCAGUGUGGAAAAGCAUCCCGAUGCCGAUGCUCUGUACGUGGAGAAGAUUGACCUGGGGGAGGCUGAACCUCGUACAGUGGUUAGUGGUCUGGUGGCAUUUGUGCCCAAAGAAGAGCUGCAGGACAGGCUGGUGGUGCUGGUGUGCAAUAUGAAGCCCCAGAAGAUGCGGGGAGUUGAGUCCCAGGCCAUGCUGCUCUGCGCUUUCAGUUCUGGAGAUCCCUGCCAAGUGGAACCCUUGGACCCCCCAGCCGGCUCCUGUCCUGGACAACGAGUGUUUGUAGAAGGCUUUGAGAAUGGCCAACCGGACGAUGAGCUGAAGCCCAAGAAGAAAGUAUUUGAGAAGUUGCAGGCCGACCUCCAGAUUUCUGAGAACUUUGUGGCCCAGUGGAAGGGGAAGAACCUUAUGACUACUCUGGGGAACCUGACGUGCAAAUCUCUGAAAGGGGGCAUCAUUCGCUAGAGCCCCAGCCUGCCCCUCUCCUGUCCCCCCCACACCCCCCAUCUCCUGCCCAUCUCUCUUCUUCCUCUGUGCUUCCAUCCGUGAUCUUUUUGCAGCUGCACUUGACCCAAGAAAUCAGGAACUGGUUGGGCCUCCGGACUUCUGUCCCCUG